CAACAACCACUCCAACGACAACCGCAACGUCGACCACAAGUGAAACACCUACAACUCCCACAACUAGCACCCAGAUGACAACCGCAACGUUGACCACAACUGAAACACCUACAACUACCACCCAGACGACAACUGCAACAUCUUCCACAACUGAAACACCUACAACUCCCACAACUACAACCCAGACAACAACCGCAACGUCUACCACAACUGAAACAACGACAAUUCCCACAACUAUCACCCCAACGACAACCGCAACAUCGACCACAAGUGAAACACCUACAACUCCCACAACUAGCACCCAGAUGACAACCGCAACGUCGACCACAACUGAAACAAUGACAACUCCCACAACAACUGAAACAAGUACCACUCCUACGACAACUGCAACGUCGACCACAACUGAAACAACGACAACUCCCACAACAACUGAAACAACAACCACUCCAACGACAACCGCAACGUCGACCACAACUGAAACAACGACAACUCCCACAACUACCACCCCGACGACAACCGCAACAUCGACCACAACAGAAACAACGACAACUCCCACAACAACUGAAACAAGUACCACUCCUACGACAACUGCAACGUCGACCACAACUGAAACAACGACAACUCCCACAACAACUGAAACAACAACCACUCCAACGACAACCGCAACGUCGACCACAAGUGAAACAACGACAACUCCCACAACUACCACCCAGAUGACAACCGCAACAUCGACCACAACAGAAACAACGACAACUCCCACAACAACUGAAACAAGUACCACUCCUACAACAACUGCAACGUCGACCACAACUGAAACAACGACAACUCCCACAACAACUGAAACAACAACCACUCCAACGAACACCGCAACGUUGACCACAAGUGAAACACCUACAACUCCCACAACUACCACCCAGACGACAACCGCAACAUCGACCACAACAGAAACAACGACAACUCCCACAACAACUGAAACAAGUAGCACUCCUACGACAACUGCAACGUCGACCACAACUGAAACAACGACAACUCCCACAACAACUGAAACAACAACCACUCCAACGACAACCGCAACGUCGACCACAAGUGAAACACCUACAACUCCCACAACUAGCACGCAGAUGACAACCGCAACGUUGACCACAACUGAAACACCUACAACUACCACCCAGACGACAACUGCAACAUCUUCCACAACUGAAACACCUACAACUCCCACAACUACAACCCAGACAACAACCGCAACGUCUACCACAACUGAAACAACGACAAUUCCCACAACUAUCACCCCAACGACAACCGCAACAUCGACCACAAGUGAAACACCUACAACUCCCACAACUAGCACCCAGAUGACAACCGCAACGUCGACCACAACUGAAACAACGACAACUCCCACAACAACUGAAACAACAACCACUCCAACGACAACCGCAACGUCGACCACAAGUGAAACAACGACAACUCCCACAACUACCACCCAGAUGACAACCGCAACAUCGACCACAACAGAAACAACGACAACUCCCACAACAACUGAAACAAGUACCACUCCUACGACAACUGCAACUACCACUCCUACGACAACUGCAACGUCGACCACAACUGAAACAACGACAACUCCCACAACAACUGAAACAACAACCACUCCAACGACAACCGCAACGUCGACCACAAGUGAAACAACGACAACUCCCACAACUACCACCCAGAUGACAACCGCAACAUCGACCACAACAGAAACAACGACAACUCCCACAACAACUGAAACAAGUACCACUCCUACAACAACUGCAACGUCGACCACAACUGAAACAACGACAACUCCCACAACAACUGAAACAACAACCACUCCAACGACAACCGCAACGUCGACCACAAGUGAAACACCUACAACUCCCACAACUAGCACCCAGAUGACAACCGCAACGUUGACCACAACUGAAACACCUACAACUACCACCCAGACGACAACUGCAACAUCUUCCACAACUGAAACAACUACAACUCCCACAACAACUGAAACAGCGACCACUCCAACGACAACCGCAACGUCGACCACAACUGAAACACCUACAACUACCACAACUACCACCCAGACGACAACCGCAGCGUCGACCACAACUGAAACAGCUACAACUCCCACAACUACGACCCCGACGACAACCGCAACUUCGACCACAACUGAAUCAACGACAACUCCCACAACAACUGAAACAACUACCACCCAGACGACAACCGCAACGUCGACCACAACUGAAACACCCACAACUACCACCGAGACGACAACCGCAACGUCGACCACAACUGAAACAACG